GUAUUGCCGCCCAUAUUUAUCAUGUCUAUGCCAUAAUUCGGCGCCAGAAAGACAAAACACGUGGGAGCAAUGUAAAAAGGCCCUGAGAAUACGAACUGUUAGUGCAAAAUUAAUCUCUUGAAUUAUCAAUAUGUUGAUUGUUGAGAGAUCAACGAAUUGUCGAUGAGUUGAAGUUAAAGGGCACUUGUCGCGCGUCCGUUUGCUAGUUGUUUGCCAACCGCAGAGACGGGAGUACGACGUUUUUAUUUGUACUGCCAGGCUUCUUCGAUACGCUUUUUCAGCAUAAAUUUUUAAAGCUUUAAUAAAAAAUGCCUACAAACACCGAAGAAGGUUUUGCGACAAAAGCUAUUCAUGCAGGUCAGGAUCCCUUACAGUGGAGCCACUGUUCUGUAGUGCCACCGUUAGUUAUGUCGACGACUUUUCGUCAGGAUGGACCAGCUCAGCAUCGAGGAUACGAGUACGGAAGAAGUGGCAAUCCAAGUAGAAAUUGCUUAGAAAAUUGCCUAGCUGCAUUAGAGAAUGGAAAAUACGGCUUGGUUUUUUCAUCGGGACUUGGAGCCACGACGGCACUAAUGUCACUACUGGAAUCGGGAGAUCAUGUUAUAUGUGGCGAUGAUGUUUAUGGUGGUACUAAUCGUUUCUUUCAAAGAUGUGCUUCCAAGCAGAAUAUUCAAGUUUCAUUCGUUGAUGCUUGUAACACUGAGAAUUUCGUCGCCGCUGUGAAAGAUAAUACCAAGAUGAUUUGGAUUGAAAGCCCAACCAAUCCUUUGCUAAAGUUAGCUGAUAUAAAAACCAUAAUUAAAGAAGUGAAAACCGGGAGACCCGAUGUGUAUAUUGUUGUUGAUAAUACGUUUGCCACAUGCUAUUUUCAGAGACCGUUAGAUCUUGGAGCAGAUAUUUCUAUGUAUUCUUUAACAAAGUAUAUGAACGGUCAUUCGGAUGUUAUUAUGGGCGCUGCAAUUACAAAGCGAGAUGACAUUGAGGAAAAAUUACGAUUUACCCAAAAUGCAAUGGGCAUUGUUCCUUCUCCCUAUGAUUGUGCGUUAGUAAAUAGAAGUUUGAAAACUUUAGAAUUGAGAAUGCAACAGCAUAUGAAAAAUGGUUUGGCUGUCGCUAAAUUUCUAGAAGGACAUCCAUUGGUAAAGAAAGUCAUUCAUCCAUAUUUACCAUCACAUCCACAAUAUGAAUUAGCUAUCAAACAAAUGUCAGGACACAGCGGUAUGAUUUCAUUUUACCAUAAAGGAAAUUCGUAUAAAUUUUUAAAAGCUUUAAAAAUCUUUAUUUUGGCUGAAUCACUUGGAGGCUACGAAUCAUUAGCAGAAUUGCCGUCUGUAAUGACACAUGCGUCCAUUCCCGAAGAAGAGCGAAUGAAGCUUGGAAUUAACGAACAACUCAUUCGAUUGUCUGUAGGAAUUGAAACAGAGCAGGAUCUUAUAGCUGAUCUAGAUCAAGCACUUAAAUGCUCGAUGCAGUGAAAAGAUGAUUUUAACAAAUUGUUCAGGCAAUACCCUAUAUAUCAGAGAUAGGGAAACCUUUGGUUUGAAAUCAGCUUUGAAAUGAAUAAUUUUUUAACAAUCUGCAAACUUUUAAUUUGAUAAAGUGCAUAAUAGUAAAAGUCUUUUAUUCUCUCUAAAUGCUUCGAACAUCCAUAAAGAUAUAUUAUGAUAUUACAGAUUGUGUAAUAUUCCAUAUUCAUUUGAUUUGCUGUGAAUUACGUUCCAUAAAAGUU